AUGGUAUCUGAUAAAUUAACGUUACUUCGGCAGUUUUCCGAAGAGGAUGAGUUAUUUGGUGACAUUGAAGGAAUAGAUUACCAGGAUGGAGAAACACUCAAAGUUAACAAGUUUUCUCUCCUGCUGCUGGUACUGUCGCCGCUGUUUGCCAUAACAGGACAGUCACCAAAUACGAGGACGGUGAAUGGGAAAAGAAUAACACGAGAAACGUUGAGUGAAUAUAGUGAGGAGAAUGAGACUGAUCUCACAUCGGAAUUUUCAGAUCAAGAAUUUGAGUGGGAAGGAUUUAAUAAGAACCAGAGUAUAUACCAGCAAAUGAAUCAACGAUUAAUAGCCACAAAAGUUGCCAAGCAACGGGAAGCAGAAAGAGAGCAAAUGGAAUUGAUGCAGAAACGACAUAAAGAUUAUGAUCCCAAUCAAACGUUGCGGUUGAAAGAUUUCAAUAAGUUGACCAACGAAAAUUUGACUCUUUUGGAUCAGUUGGAUGAUGAGAAGACCGUCAACUAUGAAUAUGUUAGAGAUGAUGUGGAAGAUUUUGCGCAAGGGUUUGAUAAAGAUUUUGAGACCAAAUUGCGAAUACAACCGUCCAUGCCCACACUUCGAAGUAAUAUACCGACACUAAAGAAGUAUAAAUCUUAUGGAGAGUUUAAAUGUGACAAUCGAGUGAAACAAAAGUUAGAUAGAAUUCCAUCGUUUUAUAACAAGAAUCAGCUACUCAGCAAAUACAAGGAAACAAAGUCUUAUCAUCCCCACCACAAGAAAAUGGGAACUGUAAGGUGUUUAAAUAACAAUAGUGACGUGCCUGUUGCAUAUCCCUCCAUCAGCAAUAUGAAACUUAACAAAGAAAAAAAUAGAUGGGAAGGAAAUGAUAUUGAUUUGAUUCGAUUUGAAAAACCAUCUUUAAUAACUCACAAGGAGAACAAACCCAAGAAACGACAGGGAAACAUGAUUUAUGACGAACAGAACCUACGAUGGAUCAACACUGAAAGCGAACAUGAUGUCUUUGAUGAUAUACCUGAUUUAGCCGUUAAACAGCUACAGUCACCAGUUAGGGGAUUGAGUCAAUUUACCCAACGCACCACUUCAACAGCGGCAACAGCUACUGCUCCUAGUAAGACCAAUGAAGCAUAUCAUCUGGAUUUUGAAAUCAGCCUGAAACUCGUUGAGAAAUUCCAAAAAGAGCAAGCAAAGAUUGAAAAGAAAAUCAGCCAUUGGUUCAUUGACACAACCAGUGAGUUUAACACUGACCAUUACUGGGAGAUCCGCAAAAUGAUAAUUGAAGAGUAG